CCAGAGGGCGCCAGAACGUAAACCAAGGAGUCCGUGUCUCUGACAAUGGCGGCGCCCGUAUGCAAGCGGCGCCCUUAAUCUACUUCUCAAGUCCCCAUGGCAGCUUCAAGGUUACCCCCCGCCGCACUGAGUUUAAAACAGUUUUUGCAGCGACAGAAAAUUUUACAGUUGUACCGAAGCAUGCUGCGGACCAUAGACCAGGUACCGGAGGAGGAGGAUCGCCGGUACCUGCGCAGUUGGGCGAGGGAGGAGUUCCGGAGGAAUAAAGGGGCCACUGAUCCGGAUGCCAUCCGGAUGAUGAUCACUCAGGCCAACAUGCACCUGCGGGAUCUGCAGAGGACUCUGGCUCUGGCACGGAGCUAGUGGGGCUGCCGCCCCGGGCUGGUCCUGCCUGGGAACCUGCACCGCCUGGCUGUCUGGUACUGUGGUGCUGCGUUGCAUUCACACUACUAGCGAGCUCAAACCCGUUUCACGUUGGCUGGCUCCACCUACCAGAGAUGCUUGUAAAUUAUCCUGAAGCCGAUGUUUUAUUGCGGAUUUAAAAGUAACGAUGCGUCGCAUUUCUGUGCCAGACCCGGGAGAAUGUGGACUUCGAGUCUAUUUGGACUUUCCAUCAAACGGAGAGUGCUCUAGAUGAAAGUGACUCAAUGUAAAUGUGUAAAAUUAGGUUAAGAUAGGAUGACUUAGGGCCAGCAGUUUGCCCAGAUUUCACUGUGUUUUAAAUGUUUUUCUGUGAUUUGUCUUCUGUGACUUCAAUAUAAAGAAAGAUGCAGAAACUU